AUGACAGACGUAGGGCUGUGCUCGGAGAAGGAGCGAUGGCUCAAUGAGGUCCCCAAGGAUCAAGCGGACGAGCUUUGGCCCCCGCCAGUGUGGCCUGGGCACUUCUGUCGGAGGUCCUUUCUCCAACUUCGAGAUUCCUCUGGGCUCUCAGCCCAGCAGCCGCCCUACAGUUUUGCAGUGCGCUAUGACCUGCGUCCGCUCUCCAAGCAGAUGUCAGGCGUCUCGGCCUAUUUGAUGCUGAUGGACGGGGAGUCGCUGCGGCGCAUCGGCAAAGGCUCAGGGCUGGACCUGGUGGCCGCUGCCAAGUCGUGGAUCGCGCGGCAUGCGCUGUGUGCCCCGCCACAGUUGUUGGCCCGGGACGCGGAUGGGAAACUCACGGGGGAAGUGGUGGCCCAGCCGGAUCCCCAUCUGUAUGGCAACGGUGAAGGCGUCCUGCUGAUGUCCGUGGUGCUGACGGCGGAUCUGAAAGACUGGAGGGAUUGGCGGCCCGUUGGGGACCUGAUGAGCUAUCGCUUGGGAAGUCCUCCUGUGCAGUGUGGUCUCUGUGGAAUGGCCGUGGCGCAACGAGACCUGCUGGCGCAUCAGAAGGAAUGUCUGGAGGUGAUGAUCCCUUGCCCUCGCUGUGGGAAGAGGGUGCUGAUCCGGGAGCUCUCAGCACAUCAGAAGGGCCGGGACUGCCUCAGUCAGCUGGUGAUGUCAACCCAGACGGAGGACUUGGAAACCGAAGACGUGGGAUCUCAGUGCGUGACCCCUGCCCUGCUGCCCGUGGCUGUCCAGACCAGUUAUGCCUCGGCGGUGCCAGCUCUGGUGCCCUCCCUGGCGAUCCGCUGGCAGGCGCCACCCAGCCAGGUGCGGCAGAUGCUAACAGAAUAUCAGCUGACUGUGAGUGAAUUCAUGGGUGGCGAUGAGCGCUGGAAACACUUGCGUGUGGAGCUGCUGGACAUUGAGCGCCUGGAGAAGCUAUCAGGGUUGUCCAACGGCGAGCUGCGACACGAGCUCACCAACUUGCGGCCUGGGACCAAGUAUCGAUUGGAGCUUCAGCUGCGAGCGGUGGACGGAUGCCUCGGCCCCAAGGCACAAGUGACGCUCCACACGCUGAGUCGCCUGGCAGGCUUCGAGGGCUUGUCGGAAGAUGAGCGGCUGCAUUUGGCCAGUGCCAUGGUUCCGGAAGGUCCGGCCCAAAGGCCCGAAUCCUUGAGCGUCAGGGAACAAGCCACACAAGCUGGGCCUGGCUUUGUUACAGGUGCCUGCAAGAGCGAAAUCAGCCGAGAGGUUGGGGUCCAAGCGUUUCCGAAAAUCUUUACAGAGACCGCCUGCCAAAUUGACCCACUGGUGGCCAUCCAAAAAGACACGGCCAGCGGACCGGAAUGGCCCUUGCUCUCCCAUUGUGCUGUGCAAUGCAAGGCCGGUAGUCGGGAGUCGUCCAGCCAGUGCGAAGUGAAGUUGUCGGACUGUUCCUGUCAGGCGCAAUUUCCAGCACGGCCUUACACGGGGGACCAGAAGGCAGAACUGGAGAUGGAUUUGCAAUCAGGAGUUCCAGGUUGGAGGGAAGUGCUGCAGCAGACAGGCUUCAGCCAGUUGCUGCGCCUUCUGCUGGUCGUGAUGGGUAACGCCACGGCGUUGGCAGGGAUCCUCCUGGCAGAUUUGGUGCCCCAGGAGAUGUGGCCCAUGCUGGCCAGCCUCAUCGUUUUGCUGCCCUUCAAUGCUCUGGAGCUCCUCUUCUUCCAGACCUUUCCGCCCAGCCGCCGCUCCAGCACCAAGCUGCGGAUCUGGCGAUGGCGGCAUCCCAACACGAACAUGUUGAUUCAGGCCGCAGUUGUGACGAUCUCGCCCGACGCGUUGCAUUUUUACCGUGCGCCCAUGCAGCCUGGAGGUCGCCGCUUUACUGGCGUGGUGGGCCCUCAGCCAGAGAGCCCUGUGCGGAAGGUGCCGGGUACCACGGAGCUGUGUGCUGCGAAGUGCCCGAUGUGUAGCCAGCUGUCGCCCAUUCCUCGGAUGGGUGACUUGUGGCGGAGCAGCCGUUUCCUGCUUUAUUGCCACCUCCCCCAGCUGGUUCUGGCCAUCUUACUGCUGCUUCGCCGCAUCGACCUGGGUCUGGUGUCAGAGCUGGAUGUGGGGCGUGUGGCGUUGCACGGCUUCACGGUGUUGGCGCAUGGCAUCUGCAUUCUGUGGAUCGUGGGGCACUGGUUGCAGUACCGCUUUCGCCGAAAAUCGCAGAAGCUCAAGGUUUCAGACCUCAUCGCGGACCUGGAUGUGGUCACCCAGAGCUUGCGACUGACUUGGUCAGGGAUGGAAGAGGUGCUGUGUGAAGCCUGGUUCGUGGUAUUUCACAGCUUCGACCGAAAAAACCUCCUGCGCAUUGAGAUGCUGCCCGGCCGCCCUGAGCCUUUGGAGGAGAGCAGUGGCUUGCGGUUGGAGGGCAUUCCACCUGGCCAUUUCUGGGUUUCGGUGUUGUCAUACCACCGCUCUGCUGGUCUCUCAAUGCCACUGGCCAUGGGCCAUUGUGGAAUUCCUGUGGACGGAGAGGAGCUGAAACGUCGAUGCGCCGAUUCCGGCGUGGAUGCGCAAACCGAGACGAUCUGGGAGGUGAAAGACGUAGGUACCGAUCCGUUGCACAUCGUGCGGGCGAUGGCAGAUGCGGAAGUGCAAAACGUGGCGGCUUCGGUGGAUGCAGUGGCCCAAUGGCCUGCCGUACCAGUGGAGCGUGUGGACGCCAGUACGAUGCCCUGCCAGAGCACCAGCAGCGAGACACGGCACUGUGCCACCGCUAGCGCUGUGGGCUGCUUCGACCUGCCGGUGGUCCUGAAGUUGGAGGAUCACUCCGAGCCCUCGGCGCCUGAGAGCGCGCGCGGCUUGUGGCUCAACUGGGACCCCCACGGCUUGCAGGAGCUGGCACCUCGAUUGGUGGCCCGCGCGCGGCAUGUGUCGGGUGCAGGACUGGUGGACGGUGCCAUGGGCGUCAGCCGGGCGUCCUUCCAACUCGAGGUGGGGCGAUACGAGCUGCUCUUGAGCUGUGACUUGGACUGCGCAGUGAACUGGGACUUGGCCAAGCAGAAGUGCGAGCGUGUCCACACCAGCGCUGCCAGCAGAGAUUUUGGUCGCAUCACUUGGAGGAUCUCAGCUGACAUGGAGCUUGCCAGUCGUCGUGAGUCUUCUCUCCAGCGAAGAGCUGCUGCCGCUGUUAGCGCUGCGAAUGCUGCCAGCUGCGCAGACGACCUGAUGGAGGAGAUGUUGGAAGAAGCUGCUGGGUCUGGAACUGGUGGGUCUGUUGGAGCUUUGACUGUUGAACCUAACACCACUGAACUGAAUAGUGGGGGUAUGUUGGAUGCUUUGGGACCUGUAGGACCUCCGUUGUCUUUUUCCCCUGGUCAGCCACCCAUGUUAGUUGAGAGAGCUAAGGGAAUGCAAAACCUCGAGGUGAAACAAAACGUUGAAAACACACCUGGUGUCAAAAGGGUCGUUGUGACAGAGCAACAAACUCGGAACCCACCAAAUGAGGGGACUGGAACUACCACCGAAUCAGCGCAGGGGAUUGUGAAUGAACAUAGUCCUAGAGAUGGUGCUGGUAAAGGAAAGGGGUCUAGCUCUGAGUCUGGCAGAAGGGAACCCAGAAAAACUGUUGCCGCAGAAGCACAACACUCAAACCGGGAUGUGCAGAGCUCACGUGUGAGGGGUUCUGAGGGUGUUGAAAAUGUGUCGCAGGACUCACGAAUGAGGGGUUCUGUUUGUGAAACUGUGUCGCAGGGCUCACGAAUGAGGAGUUCUGUUUGUGAAAAUGUGUCUCAGGGCUCACAUGUGAGGGGUUCUGAGGGUUGUGAAACUGUGUCCCAAGACUCACGCACGAGGGGUUUUGGUUGUGAAAAUGUGUCUCAGGGCUCACAUGUGAGGGGUUCUGAGGGUUGUCAAAAUGUGUCACCGGGCCCCACUGGAAAGGGUUCGGGUGUUGUGAGUGAAACCAUGCCUCAGGGCCCCAAUGUGAAGGGUUCAGGGGUUCAAAGGUUUUACAUAGGUGAUGGGCCUCAGGGCUCCGGAGCCGUUGUUGUGGCGCCUCAGGGCACCGAAAAUGUUGUUGCGGUUCCAGACCAAAUGGGGAGUGUUGUGAAUCCCUUCUGGAGCGAAACUCAGCAGCGUGAAGCUGUUCGAGAAGCAUUCGGGCCUGGGUACGAUGUGAGUGCCUUGGGUUUGCAGCCGGGUUCAAAUGCGUCGACACCCCAAAAAGUUCAUGUGGGACAAAGGGAAAGUGUUGAUGUUGAAAUGGAUCCAAUUGAACUGUUCCGAUUGCGUUGUUUGAGAGAUGCUGAAGAAAAGUUUCGGCAGGGUUUGUUGAAUAUGGGGAUGAGUGCUAAGGAGUCAAGGGUUGAAAAACAUGAGAACGAAAAAGGGUCGCAUGGUUCCCAAAGUUCAUAUGUUUCGGCAGUGGAUUUCCAGGAACAUGUUGCCCCCAAAUCUCAUGAUGUGGUUGAAUCCCAAUUGGUUCAUGAUCCAAAUGUGAGGGUUGUACCUGAAAAGGCUGUGACGUUCACGAGGGUUGCACCUGAAGUUGUUGUGCCAACUGUGUCAAAUGUUGUUGAACCAUUUGUGCCUAGGCCACCACCUGGACCUCCACCACCAUCGCCGCCAAGAAUGUUGAAUAGUGUAUGUGGGUUAGGGUCGGUAACACCUCAAUUCCCUCCUGCACUGCCACCUUUUCCUGCGUCUGUGGCAGGAAACUUGCAAAACUCAGGUGGUGAAAAUCCAUCUGAAAAUCUCAGGACGGUGGAGCUUCCGAAGUUGUCAAUGGAUGCCACUGCUCUGCAAUUUGGUGAUUGGCUCAGCAUCAUCGAUUCUCUCAUGGGUGACUUGUCUUACUCGUCGGGGGAUUGGUGGACUAUGGUCAGGGGAGCUGUUGAUCAAUGUUACAGGGAUUGGUUGAAUGUUGGACCAAUUGAAAGGCUUAGGCUUCGUCCACAAGUGGAUCCUAGGGUUCAAUUGUGGCCUCGAACGGAAAGAAGGGCCUUAGCUAUGCUUUUGGGAGCCAUUCCUGACCCAAUCAAAGAAGAAGUGAUUUCAGCUCGCAAACUGACCACUGACCAAGUGUUGUACAAGCUGUGCAUCACCUUCCAACCGGGAGGUGCUACUGAGCGCACGAAGUUGUUGCAGAACAUUACGGAUUCCAAAUGUGGUUCCAAUGUUCAUGAAGUUUUGGACUGGAUUCGAACCUGGCGACGGUUUGUUCAAAGGGCCAGGGAACUCCAUGUCACGUUGCCUGAUGGUUUGGUUUUGCUAGGGGCUUUGAACAAAUGUACUGAUGUUUUGAGUGGAAAAUCCCCACAAGUGGCAUAUCGUCUCAACAUGAUCCGCCAGCAGUUGAAUGUGGAUCAGUUGCCAACAGCAGAGACGAUCCUGAGCUACUCCGAGCAUCUGCAAGCUGAAGCUGAAGAGCUGACUUUGAGCGCGCCUGCGAAGGCAACUUCGGCUGUGAGGGCUGCUGCUUUGGGUGUGCCAUUGCCUCCUGGGAUCCCUCAAAAUCCUCAAAGUUCCCCAAAACCUCAAAAUGAAUCGGAUCCGAGGUUUCCGAACUCAAAAAGAAAGCCUUGUAGGUAUUGGAUGAGUGAAAAGGGGUGUACCAGGGGUGAUCAAUGUUCUUUUGGUCAUGCGAAUUUGGACCCCCAAAGUAACCGAUGUUUCAACUGUUCUGCUGUGGGUCAUUCAAAACGUGACUGUCCUUUGAAGAAUACAGGGUCGGACCCCAAACAUGAUCCCACCAAAAAGAGGGUUGCCAAGGUGUCAAAACCAAGUGGAAAAGGGACCCCCGAAAAGUAUGGGAAGGGUAUUGGGGAACAUAGUAGCCCUGAAAAAACUACUGGGGAUGUUGCUGCAGCAGAGAAGCCUCUUGGAUCUGAAACUGCGUACAGGACUGGGCCGGAAACUGGGGACGGGGGAGAAAGUACUCCUGAAAGGGUCACUGGGCUGUUGAGUGAAGCCACUACCCUCCUGAAAACCCUUAAACCGGUUGCCAAAGCUGUCAAAAUCAAAAGGGUGAAUGCUCCUGAUGGACCCACAGGUCUCUUGGAUGGUGGGGCAACAAACGCUUUGAGAAGGGGAACCCCUCAAAGAACUGGCUGA